AUGCUGCGUCUCAGCAGCGGGCGGCCCCGCCGCCGGCAGCGCCCGCUGCUCCUCUUGUCAGCGCUGCUGUGGACGCCGGCGCUGGUGGCCUUCAACCUGGACGAGGAGAAGCGGACGGUGUACAGCGGUCCGCCGGGCAGCUACUUCGGGUACUCGGUGGACUUCUACAUCCCCGACCCCAGCACGGUCAGUGUCCUGGUGGGAGCCCCCAAAGCCAACACCACGCAGCCCGACAUCGUGGAAGGAGGAGCGGUGUACUACUGCGCCUGGCCCGCCGCCCGCUGCCGGCAGAUCCCCUUCGACAACACCAACAACAGGAAAAUUAAAGUCAAUGGCACCAGGGAACCUAUUGAGUUUAAGACAAAUCAGUGGUUUGGAGCAACAGUCAAAGCUCAUAAAGAAAAAGUUGUGGCUUGUGCUCCUUUGUAUCAUUGGAGAACCCUUAAAGAUAGCCCUGAGAAGGACCCUGUUGGCACCUGCUAUGUAGCAAUUCAGAACUUCAGUGCUUAUGCAGAAUAUUCACCUUGUCGUAACAGCAAUGCAGAUCCUGAAGGACAAGGCUUUUGUCAAGCAGGUUUCAGCUUAGAUUUUUACAAGAAUGGAGACCUGAUCGUAGGCGGGCCCGGUAGUUUUUAUUGGCAAGGUCAGGUAAUCACUGCAAGUAUUGCGGACAUCAUUGCAAAUUAUUCCUUCAAGGAUAUUCUGAGGAAACUGGCAGGAGAGAAACAAACAGGAGUGGCACCACCCUCAUAUGAUGACAAUUACAUGGGAUACUCAGUAGCUGCUGGGGAAUUUACUGGUGAUUCUGAACAAGAGCUGGUUGCUGGAGUCCCGAGGGGAGCACAGAACUUUGGCUAUGUCUCAAUUAUUAAUUCUUCAGACUUGACCUUUAUCCAGAACUUCACUGGUGAACAGAUGGCGUCUUAUUUUGGGUACACAGUUGCAGUAUCUGAUGUUAACAAUGAUGGUUUAGAUGAUAUCUUAGUUGGUGCCCCUCUCUUUAUGGAACGAGAAUUCGAGAGCAAGCCUAAAGAAGUUGGGCAAGUUUAUCUGUACCUGCAAGAAAGCGCAUUCCUCUUCAGAGAUCCUCAAAUUCUGACAGGCGUGGAAGUGUUUGGUAGAUUUGGCAGUGCAAUCACACACCUUGGAGACCUCAAUCAAGAUGGAUAUAAUGACAUUGCUAUUGGUGCACCAUUUGCAGGAGAAGACAGAAGAGGGAAAGUUCUCAUUUACAAUGGAUACAGUAAUGGGUUAAACACUAACCCUUCGCAGGUUCUCAAUGGAGCCUGGGCCUCACAGUCCAUGCCUUCGGGAUUUGGCUUCACUCUAAGGGGAGACUCAGAUGUAGACAAGAAUGAUUAUCCAGAUUUAAUUGUGGGUGCAUUUGGAGCUGGGAAAGCCGUUGUUUACAGAGCCAGACCUGUUGUUACAGUGAAUGCUUAUCUUAUUCUGAACCCUAUGAUUGUGAAUCCAGACAACAAAACUUGUCAGCUCCCUGACUCUCAGCUUUUAGUGGCCUGCUUUACUGUAAGACUCUGCGCAGAUUUUGAAGGUCAAAGUAUUUCACAUAAGAUAGUGCUGAAAGGUGAAUUGCAAUUAGAUUCAUUGAAACAGAAAGGAGCUGUUAAGAGGACCCUUUUCUUUGACUACCAUCAGUCACAUCAUUACUUCUCCAUUGUGAUAGAAAGACAGAAACAGCUCCAUUGCCAGGACUUCCUUGUUUAUCUCAGAGAUGAAACAGAAUUUAGAGAUAAAUUAUCUCCCAUUAAUAUAAACUUCAAUUAUAGUUUGGAUGAAUCCAGUUUUGAAGAUAGUUUGACUGUGAAGCCAAUACUGAACUAUUACCAGAAAAGCUCAUUAACAGAGCAGGCUUACAUUCUAGUUGACUGUGGAGAGGACAACUUGUGCAUUCCUGACUUGCAACUUUCUGCUAUGCCAGAUACAGAUCAGCUAAUAAUUGGAGAAGAAAACUGUGUCAUGCUCAUAAUAAAUCCAAGGAAUGAUGGGGAAGGAGCCUAUGAAGCUGAGUUACAUAUAAAGAUUCCGCCUGAAGCAGAUUACACUGGCGUUGAACGCAACAAUAAGGCACUGCGUGUAUUGAGCUGUGAUUACAAGAUGGAAAAUGAAACUAGAAUGGUGGUUUGUGAUCUUGGGAACCCCAUGGUGGCUGGCGCAAAUUUCUCCACAGGCAUUCGAUUUUCUGUUCAGCAUUUUGAAAAUGCAGAGUCCAGCAUCAGUUUUGAGCUGCAAAUAAAAAGCUCUAACAAGAUAAAUCCUACCAGCAAUUUAGUUAACCUCCAUAUCAAUGUCAGUGCUGUGGCUCAAGUACAGAUCAGAGGAGUGUCUCACCCCCCAACAAUUAUUUUGCCACUUCACAACUGGGAACCCAAAGAUGAACCUACAAAAGAAGAAGAAGUUGGUCCUUUAGUAGAACACAUUUAUGAGCUGCACAAUAUAGGACCAAGUACCAUCAACAAUACAGUUCUCCAUGUCGGUUGGCCUGUGUCCAGUCAAGAAGAAUUUCUUCUUUAUAUUCUUCACGUUCAGACACAUGGACCAUUGCACUGUCAAACAAGCUCUCCCAUUAAUACAAUGCAAAUAAAGUUUGCUAUUCCACAAGACACUCCUGAACUUGCUGCUUUUUUGUAUAAUUCCACAAUUUCUCAUUACAUCAGAAGAAGGGAUGUUGCAGUGGCAGAACCUCACAGGAAAAACUCUGCAAAAGUAUUGAACUGUACAAAUGUGAAGUGUGUCCUAAUUUCAUGCACUGUGGGACAACUGGAAAGAGGAAAGAGUGCCGCGCUAAAAAUCAGGUCCCGGCUCUGGGCACAAACAUUCCUGGAGAGAAAGAAUGAUCUCUAUAGUCUUUCUUCCAAUGUUUCCUUCGAAGUUAAGAGCAUGCCAUACAAGGUGCAACCAGCAAAGCUCCCCACAGGAAGCAUAGCAAUCAGAACAUCUGUUAUUUGGUCCACCCCAAAUGUCUCCUUUGAAAUCCCUUUAUGGGUUAUAAUACUAGCCAUACUUCUUGGACUACUAGUACUAGCGCUGCUGACCCUAGCUUUAUGGAAGUGUGGAUUCUUUGACAGAGCUAGACCACCUCAAGAUGACAUGGCUGACAGGCAACAGCUGACAAAUAACAAGACUACUGAUGCAUAAAGGAAGAGAGCGACAGUUAAAGUCAGAAUCCUGCCUGAGACUAGAAACACAAUGAGGAUUAAAUGGAGGAUUCCUUCCACCAGCCUUCCUUUGUACCUGCAAGUGACAUGGUGUCUUAAUCUGAUCUAUGCAAUGUUCUGUUAACGUGCCACAUGACAGCCAUCCUUGCCAAAGAAAGCAGCUUUAUCACUGCCUAUUCGCACCUGAACAGAAUGUUUAUCCCAAUUCCAGUCAGUCUACGUUUCAGCAGAUGCCUGUGAACACGUGUGGUAUACUGAGAUGGUUCCAGAACAAGCCCAAAUCUCUCAAGGAGAGAAUGCCUUCAUUGCUGUUUUGUCUAGCAGAUGGACCAGGACAAACCUUCUGAAUGCUACUGUAUCAUACGGAAUACCUUUGAAACCUCCCUAAGAAUAAGAACUUUUAUGAAAUUAUUGCUCAGGGAGACAAGCAAUGUAUCAGUACUGUGACAGUACUUCUGAAAAACAAAGGUAGUCUAUAAAAAACUUUAUAGAUGGGGCACAAUUAUUUAUUUUUCCACCUUUUUGGAAUAAGUAUCUGUAAUAAUAAUCAACAUAGAUUUUGAGAGAGGAAAGUAAAAAAAAGUAGAAAUCAUGUCCUUACUUUACAUGUAAAUAGAAAAGUAAGCCCAUUGUAUACACAGAACACAACUUUCUUGGCUACAAGGAGUUUUGCAAAGCAGAAGAUUUAUGCAACGCUUUACGAGAUGAGACAUAUGACAAACAGCUACAUGUUGUAUCUCUUUCAGCCCAGAGCUGGCAGUAUCCCACCCAGAUAACUAAAUCCAUGCACAACAUAGAGCAGGGGAUGAGGUACCCUGUUCUUAUCUUGCUGUACAGACAACACAGGAUACAGUCAUUUCUGAAAGACUGUUUUAAGUUAUCACAGCCACACUGGUGAUGUUGUGAAGUCUUAGGGGGUUUGGGGCUGGGGUAAAUUUUCUUUUCCAUUGCUCUGUUACUUUGUUGAAAUUGCCUCUUAAAAUGGCUACUCACAAUUGUAACUUGAAAUCUUUGCCUUUUUUUAUGUUACAGUCUACAAGCUGACAGCAUCUCUAAAGUGAUGACUUCAGCAAAAUUUAGGGCUGAAUAUAAUUAUUUCUUAAGCAAAGUCUUGCAGGGAAGGUGGGCAGAAUUUGUAUUUAUGCAGAAAAAGAGGAUGCCAGCCAACCAAACAUGAACAUAAAAAGAGGGAAAAUAUUUUGAGGUAAAGAGUAAAAAAAUACAUUUAGGAUCGAUUUUUUUUUUCGCGGUUAAGGGUUCUGAAGAAGAAAUGUUUCAUUAUUUCUGUUCUAUCUGCAAAUGGUCCUUAUCUCAAUAUGAGCUUUAAGCUCUGAUAUGUGCAAAUUUGUACCUGAAAGCUUGAGUCUUCCAGUGCUGCCUGUGAGUGUGAAAUUAACUACAUUGUGUAAACUUCAUGAGGAAUUGUUCAUUUUCUGAAAUCUACACCACACUUGCCUUCUCCUGAGCUCCUCUUCUUUCCUUUCUAUCUCAGCUUCUCAAUUGGCAAAUGGCCUCAUCCAUUCUGCCACUUUUAGAAAACUGCCCUUCUGCUUCCUAAUACUUCAGGACAGGAGCAGCCAUGAAACAUUGUCACUUCUGUCAGUCUGACACGAGAUUU